AGGAGCGCCGUGGAUCGCGACCAGUUUGUUUUGUUAUUGAAGGUCACGUGGCAAGGUGAGGCUCCUCCCCUCUCCCCCCGUUACCACCGAUUCAACCGUCUCGAGCUGCUGCUCCGGUCAGUUACUACAAAAUGGCUGCAGAGGCUCCGCCGCCAACGAGAACCUCCUGAACGCUUCAUGCUGUGAGAAGAAGCAAAAAACACGAGAAGAGAACCAUUUGAUGGAAGAUAAGAAAAAGAAAAAGCAAGAAGAGAAGAAAAAGAAAGACGCUGCUCAGAAAAAGGCCACAGAACAGAUAACCAAAGUGCCAGACUCUGCCAAGCUCGACCCCGCCCCUCCUCUUCCCCCCGUCAACCCUGGCGCUGUCCCGUCUGUAUCCCCAAGCAGUGGCAAUGGCAAGCGCGCCCCCUCCGGAGGUCAGCCGCAGACAUCACAGCAGCCCCAGACUCUGCUACAGCAGCGCUACCCACCCAGAGAGGUGCCCCCGCGCUUCCGACAGCAGGAGCACAAGCAGCUUUUGAAAAGGGGCCAGCCUCUGCCCUCCGGAACCCUGCCUGUCACCACCCCGGGACGUCCCGUUACUACUGAACCUGCAGCAGCAGUAGCCAUACACUCCUCUCCCUCCUGCUCCUCCUCCUCCACAGCCAGCCUGCCUACAGAACUGCCCCCACAGAGCGGCCAGGGAGCCCAGUAUGAUAAUCCCCUCUGGGGACACCUGCCAGCCAACAGGAGCGCCACAAGUGCUGCAUCUUCGAUCAGUCUCAGUGGCUGGGAUCAACUGAUUAUUGACCAGAAGGACACAGAAGCUUGGCCUUCUAUUACCCUCAGCCAGAGCCAGGCCCCUCCAGGAGGAUGCCCUUUGGACACUGACCCUGGUCACCUGACCAGCAGCAGCAGUAGUACUAGUAGUAGUUGUAGUACAGUGAGUAUGGCCACAGGGGCCAAUAAUCAAACAGGCCACUUUUCUGCCAACCAUCUUAGCAGCAAGGCCAACAGUGGGCCCAGCCCUGCCAAUCAUACUGGAACCAGCAUGCUCUCUAGCCAGGUUGCAGCCAAUCGCAGCUGGGGCUCUGGGCCUGGACCUUCCCAUUGCCCCCCCCAGUCCUCAGUGGGGAGUGAAGGGAAAAGUGAUAGCCCAGUGGCUGGAGGAGGCAGCAGGGGCUGGGGCUCUUCUUCAUCAUCCUCCACCACCAACUUUAACUUGAACCUAAACCCUAAUGCCAACCCCUCUGCCUGGCCCAUGUUGGGGCAUGAUGGGGGUGGCACAGGGGGAGGCAGCUCAGGGGGAGCCAGCACCAUUUCACCUCCUCAACCUUCACCCAACCUCUGUAAUCCACCUGGCCCCCCACCAGCCCAGACCAGCACUUGUACUGGAGCCAACACUAACAGCAACUCCUCGGGGAUUGGCAGCGCCUGGGGUAGCAUAAUGGCCCCCGACACGCCAGAGCCUCACUCCUCCCCGUCCACGAAUGUGUCUUUCAGUUCAGAACCUCAAAACCUUAAAACUGAUGGACCAAAUCACACUAAUAAGCAGGAACCCCCCAGCCCCAUCCGCAACUUGCCUGGCUGGGGUAGUGCACCUGUAGGCUUGGGUUCCAUGGGCCAGCCCCCCCCGGCGGGCACACAGGUCAAUGGAGAAGAUGGUAGCUCAGUAUGGGGUAACAGUGGUGAAUCAAAGGCUCCUUCAGCUAAGGAGACACCUGGCUGGGACUCUGGCUGGGGCCAUGGAGGAGGUGGGGCCGGAAACACGGGAGGCUGGGGUGACCAGUCGGGUGGAGGCUGGGGGAAGAACACUGAAGACACCCAGGGAGGUUGGGAUGCCCCCAGCUCUCCUCCCCAGGAUCCACAGGCUAGUCCUUGGAGCAGAGCUGUCAGCACAGCUGGUGCUAGUGAAGGAAGCAGUGACAGCAUGGAAGGACAUCCCCGGCACAGAGACCACUCAUUGAGAGAUAAUCCAGCUCCUCUGCUGCCUGCCCCAGAUCUGGACCCCAGGGUGUUGUGUAACACUGGCUGGGGACAAACCCCUGUUCGCCAGCACACCACCUGGGACAUGGACAAUACUAAACGCAAAAAUGCAGAUGCAGGAGCUGAGUCAUGGAGUUCUGGCCCACCCACUCCAAGUGAUGCCCAGGGGCCCUCCAACACUAACAUGGGCCCCUCUCAGAGGACUGACUCUGGGAGCAAAAAUGAUGUGCCUGGUUCUCAGGGAGCUUCAGGUUGGGGUGGAAGCAUAGCUGCUACUAACCAGCCUAGCUCUGGUUGGGGAGAGCCACCCAACAACAUUAAGCCCCCAGGUGGUCCUAGUGGCUGGGGAAACCCUCCAGCAGGAGGCCCCACCACUAGUAUGCCCAAGAAUGGGGGUCAGUCCUGGGGAGAGGAGAAGUCAGCUGGAUGGGAUGAUUCUCACAUCAAGGCAACAUCCCAGGGCUGGGUAGAGCAACCCAAAGCGUCCCACAGCUGGGGCAACAAUGGAGGGAGCAAUAAUGCAGGGGACUGGAGAGAACCAGAAGAGAGCAAAAAGAGUCCCACCAACCCUGGGUGGGAGGGAGAAGCAGGUGUCUGGAAGGAAAAACCAAGAGGCUGGGGAAUUCCUUCUUCAGGACCUGGGGUAUCUGGAACUGGAGGAAAUGGGGGCUGGGGAGAGCCCGUUUGCCAGCGUCCCAGUGGCCCUCCUCAAGGUUGGGGGGGCAAGCCUCAGGAUGGACCCAAUAGUAGUAGUGGAGGAAGUAGCAUGGGCUCUUGGGGUGGCUCAGGCACAGUGAAAAAGAGUGGAAACUGGGGUGGUAGUAAGCAGGAGUCCUCAGCUGAGCCUACUGGCUGGGAGGAGCCCUCCCCACCUUCAAUCCGACGUAAGAUGGAGAUAGAUGAUGGGACCUCAGCGUGGGGUGAUCCUGUUACCUACAACAAAGCAGUAAACCUUUGGGAUAGGAACAAUCCAGGAAUGUCCCAGGCUAAAGUUGCCACUGGAGGCAGUAACCCACCAGGCCCAAACAACAACAACCACCCACCCUCUCACAAUCACCCCUAUCACGGGCCACCUGCACCUUUACAGAACCACACCCAAAACUCCCAAAAUCCAGGUCCCACUAGUGGGCCUAUGGAACCUGUUGUCCAGCACCAGUCUGGGCCAUCUCACAGCAGGGGUCCCCUGAUAAAUCAAGGUUGGGGAGAGAUACCAGGCUCCCACACAAAAUCAGAGAGCUCUUGGGGGGAACCUGCACCCCCUCCGGUCAGUGUGGACAAUGGGACAUCUGCCUGGGGCAAGCCUACCGGGAGCUGUGGAGGCUGGGGAGACGGCAACCCAGACAGUUAUGGCCGGGGCAACCCGGCGAUGACAUCUACAUCUUGCAAACCUGCCCCCAAACCUAUGCAAGACGGAUGGGGAGGUGGAGGUGAAGAGCUGAACUUGUCGAGCAGCCAGUGGGAUGCUGAGGAGGGAGACAUGUGGAACAGCACUGCCUCCCAAGAGAGCAACUCCUCCUGUAACUCAUGGGGCAAUGCAUCUAAAAAGGUCCCACAGAAGGGAAAGGUGCCAGGGAAGCAAGAAGAUGCCUGGAUCAUGAAUCGUCUCAUCAAACAGCUGACAGACAUGGGCUUCCCUAGGGAUCCAGCAGAGGAGGCUCUGAAGAGCAACAACAUGAACCUAGAUCAGGCCAUGAGUGCCCUGCUGGAGAAGAAGACGGAACUGGACAAGCGUGGGAUGGGGCUAACCGGCCACGACUACAACAACGGGCUCAUCAACAAGCCCAUAAGCUGCCCCAGGCCUCCGCUUCUUUCCAAAGACCCCUCGGCAGAUCCCCGUUUGCCCUUCAUGGAUAAGAUGCAGAGUGGAAUGUUUGGCGGUGGUGGAGCAGCACAAGCCCGGGCCAUGCAGCAACCGCAGCCGCCUCCUCAGCCACCAGUGCCGCCUCUCAGUUCCUCUCAACCUAGUCUACGUGCUCAAGUGCCUCAGUUUCUCUCCCCUCAGGUUCAAGCACAGCUCUUACAGUUUGCAGCAAAAAACAUUGGUCUGAAUCCUGCACUUUUAACCUCACCAAUAAACCCUCAACAUAUGACCCUUCUGAAUCAACUUUACCAGCUGCAACUGGCAUACCAGCGUUUACAAAUUCAGCAGCAGAUGUUGCAGGCGCAGCGCAACGUUUCUGGCCCCAUUCGACAACAAGAGCAGCAAGUUGCACGUACAAUCAAUAACAUGCAGCAGCAGAUCCAACAGCACCAGCGUCAGCUGGCACAGGCUUUGCUGAUGAAGCAGCAACAACAGCAAGCACCCCCCUCCCACUCGGGCCUGCAUCCUGGUGGGGCCAAAUCCACCCUGGAUUCAUUUCCAGGUCACCCCCAGGCUCCAGGCCUCCCUGACCUGCAGACCAAAGAGCCGCAGUCAUCUCCCAACACCUACAACCCCUACUCUCUCUCUGGACUGAAUCCAAACAUGAAUGUAAACUGCAUGGAGGUGGGAAGUCUGUCUAUGAAGGAACCUGCCCAGCCUCAGUCGCGCCUUUCGCAGUGGACGCAUCCUCACUCCAUCGAAAGCCUCUCUGGAAACUCCUCUCCUCUAGAGUCCAACUUGGGCAAGCACGGUGCCAACCUGGGCCCCCCUGGUAAGCCCCAUCAGCUGGAGGACUCCUACAGCCCCUACAACCUGAUGUCCAGUUCAGACUCUCCUACCAGCCCCCUGGUCCCCCCAGACAGCUGGGGGCAGGGCAAGAGCAACAAUGACAAGAUGGCCAAUGGGACCAAUAUUAACUGGCCACCAGAGUUCUGCCCUGGUGUGCCCUGGAAGGGUCUCCAGAAUAUCGACCCCGAGACAGACCCCAACGUGACCCCCGGCAGUGUCCCCAGCGGGCCCACGAUCAACACCAACAUCCAAGAUGUCAACCGCUAUCUGCUACGGGACAGGAGUGGAGGCUCCUCUCCCACUUCAUCUCAGAACGAGGCUCUGCCUCCCUCCACUGAUUGGCCAGUCAGUGCCUACACUAGCUCGUUCAGUCUGUCGUCCCCGGAGACGGACAAUGCAGGUAAACUGUCAGAGAUGAAAUCUACUUGGUCUCCAGGCCCAAUUUCUCACAGCCAGGCCUCUCUGUCCCAUGAGCUGUGGAAGGUACCCCAGGGCCCCCGGAGCAGCAACACAGCACCAUCUCGUCCCCCGCCAGGCCUCACCAACACCAAGCCUUCCUCAACCUGGGGCGGCAGCUCCCUGGGUCUGGCUCAAGGCUGGAGUAGUUCUUACACCACAGCAGGUACCACGUGGAGUACAGACAGCUCCACCAGGACCAGUAGCUGGCUGGUUCUGAGGAACCUCACUCCACAGAUUGACGGUUCGACUCUACGUACACUGUGCAUGCAGCACGGCCCCCUCAUCACAUUCCACCUCAACCUGACACAGGGCAACGCUGUGGUGCGCUACAGCUCCAAGGAUGAAGCUGCCAAGGCUCAGAAGUCCCUGCACAUGUGUGUGCUCGGAAACACCACCAUCUUGGCAGAGUUUGCUGGGGAAGAGGAAGUGAACCGCUUCUUUGCACAGGGCCAGCUGCUUGGUGGAACAACCAGCUGGCAGGCCACUCCAGGCACCAAUCAUACAAGGAUGGGCGGGUCCGGGUCAGGAGCCUCCCACCCCAUCGGUCCCUCACCCCACUGGAACAACAACAACAAUGGUGGCAGCAGCAGCAGUAGCAGCGGCCUGGGAACAGGCGGAGCAAAGACAGGCGGAGAGUUGCUGUGGGGUGGCGUGCAGCAGUAUUCCAGCCUGUGGGGACCCCCAAGUGGAGAGGAGGGACGGGUCAUGGGGAGCCCCACCCCAAUCAAUACGCUGCUGCCUGGCGACCUGCUGAGUGGGGAGUCCAUGUAGGACAGAUAAGCCCAGAAUUGACAAACACCAACAGGAGCAAAAACCUUGCAAAUCAUUGUGGAGAUAAUCAGUGUGGGUGUAACGAUGAAAAGGAGAGACGAGAGGAGGACGAGGCUACAUCCCCGCUGCUCACCCUCGUCAACCUCCUCUACUCCUUUUUUUUUUUUUUUUUUUUUUUUCAGUUGUCUUGUGAAUCUCAGUAUGAGAUGUUGGUCACAGUGUUCAGCUCUUACUUUUGGAGACACAGGAAGAAGUCUUUCCUUCAACAAAGAAAGAGAACUUUUUACAGAAUUGAACUUUUGAGAACUCGCCUCGUGUGAAACUUUAGUCAAACUGACACAAUGACGAGCUGCCAUCUUUAAACUGAUCCUUCUCCGCCUUUUGAGGCCAAUCAUACUGCACCUCAGAGAUCCAUUAAAAGGCAUCAUUCCCAAAGUAAAAAACCCUUCAAUCAGAGUGGUUGUCGAACUUUCAGCUGGUCCAGACUCAACAUUUGUCGCUCUCAGCACUAAUAUUAGCCUUAACCUCUUUCCUGCCCUGCUAUCCUCACUCACUGUACUUGGUGAAGAAGCAUACGGACACUUGCACACCCUUAUUUCUGAGCCAGUGAAACCUGAGUGGAGAGUACAUGCUGCUGCGGCUUUAACAUAAGCAACCACAGCUCACAACUUCAGUGCAUUUUUGCAAAGCAGAUUGAGUUCCCCACACGACGCUCAAAGGGAAUGAUGCAACUCUGUUCGCUGUGUUCAAGCCAUUUAUUUUUGUAGUGUUUUAUUUUGUUUUUUCUUCUUAAACCAUUGCAAAACAGCGAAGAACUGAUAUUAUUCAAAUGUGUCUGUCAAUCUUAACCUGGUGUGGAGUUUUCCUGGGGGGGGGGGUCGUCGCGUGUACAGUUAAAGACAUGAUGGAUGACAAAAUGAACCACUGCUAUUACUAUGGAACUGUAAAGACAAAUACUUCAAUGCACCUCAACUCAUCUGCGUGGGGAACCCCGCAGAUUGGUCUCAGUCUUGGACCCUCUCACUGAUGUUGCGGAAAAACCUCAAGUCCGAAAUGUUUCCCACCGGUGUGUAGUCAGUGACCCCCACCCUCCCUGCUCCACCUGCAAAAACACCAUUUCAAGUGAUGUGCAAUAUAAGCCACAGACUCUACCGUCCAAGCACCCUACCAUGAACCUCUCACAGAACGAGAGGCAAUUACGAGGAAUCAUUGAACCGCAAAAGCUCUAUCUACCCUGCAAACCCCUCCCCCACCCUAAAACUGCCACUACUACCCUUUCAUACCCCCCCUCCCCUCAAGAGUGUGUGAGCUUAGGAGAGUAGCAAGCAGGUCUUCAACCACCUUCUGUCUGAGAUACAAGGACAUACACAUAAAGCACUUCUUCAGCAAGCCUACUCUCCACACUUAUGCCAGUGACUAGUUUUGAGGGAAGAGGAGGGACAGGUGUGUGUGUGUUUCUUUGUGUGUGUGUGUGUGUGUGUGUGUGUGUGUGUGUGUGUGUGUGUGUGGGUGGGUGCUUGGGGAGAAGGCAUCAAACCAAAUUGAGAGGAGCUUGUUUUCCUUUUUACCCAGAAGACCAGAUUAACGUUUUUUUGGGUUUUUUUUUUUUUAUCUUUUUGCCCAAAUUUUGCGUAGGUAAAAAAGUAUGAGGCAACGAUUUGUGAAUAGGUGGUCAAUCAUAGCACUUAGCAAGAGCGUCGCAGCUCGAAAUACCCUUAAUGCCAACGAACAGAAGAAAGGAGAAGCAACACUGGCAAAUAAAAACUGAAAAAAAACAAGGACAAAAAGCAAUCUGCUUUGUGGCUUCUUCUCUAUAUACUUAUUUUUUAACUUAACAUGGAUGUGAAGAUGUUUUUGUUUUUUUCCUCAAUCCUUCUUCCCUCAAGUCGGUGGGACCAGGAAGGAUGUCAUACACGGUAGCAAAGUGAAGGGAAAUACAAAGAAAGAACUAACUCAACUGAUGAUGGGUGCAGCAGGGAAAGACCCCAAAGCAUCCAUCCUCACCCUCUUUAUCAAAGUAAAUAUCACUGUUACAUUGCAUACUUUGAAAUCUUUAGCCUUGGUGUCUGGAAAUGCUAAACCUGUUUAUGUUCUGCUGGGUCCAGCAGGGAGGAUCGCCAUCUUUUUUUUCAUCCUUUUUUUUUUUUUCUUUUCGUGUUCUUUUUAUCGGAGGCCCUGCCAACCUGUGUGAAAGUGUGGCCACUGAGUGCCUGCCUGCUGCAGAGAGCAGUGCUCUGCAGCAGCCCUCACCCCCACCCUCCUGCUCGCUUGCUGCCUCCCUGCGGAUCCCUACAAACUGGCUCCCCCCUCUCCCCCCUCCCCAGGCCUCCAGGCCAAGAGCAGCUCUUUCAGAACUGGCCCACCUGUAUUAAAUUUACUACUACUGCUGCGCCAGAGUCUGUCCUCAGCAACCUCCGACUCCGCUCUCUCUGUCUCUCUCCUGCAAGGAUCACUUUAGCCAGAGAAGGAGGCGUUUGGUGUGUUUUGUUUUUCUUGGUUUCAUUUAUGGAAUUGCCAGUGUGCAUUUUUAUGUUAUUGUUGUCAUGAAGUUUGCUGAAAUUGUUGCUGUUAUCAUUGAUGAUAUAGAUAAUGAUUGUUUUCUGAUGACGAUUUCAUGGCUUUUUAAUAUUGAUCUUUAUGCAGUGUUCAGCUUCUCUCCUGCCCCUCCCACCGCCUCCGAGGCAGAAGCAGUGUGUAGUCUAGAGGUACGCCUCAGCCAUGCAGCAAGGCCAUACUAAACACUGCAGAUCUCUGUAGAAAAGGCUGGUGGGGGAGCUCUUCAUCUGGGCUCAGACUGGGCAUUUGAAGAGUCAAAGCAAGCGCGGAAGGGUUGUUUUAAGUUUCUCCAGGAUAGUGAGCCAACUUCUUCUGUCCGUCCUGGAGCACCCUCCUCCGCUCUAUGUCGUCUCAUAACACACACAUCCUUUAGUGUUGAUGGGCCUCACUCACGCUGGUGCUUUAUGUUAAACUCUGGGAGCACUCAGUUACACUUAGAACCACCUCAACUGAUAACAGCCUUCCAUUUCUAUGCAAAGACGAGGAGGUGUUGGUUCACAGCCAUUUAGAAAAUCACAGCCAUCCGCCACAUCUUCUCUUAUCUUUCGACCUUUUACUACCAGGCAGCUUCCCUUGAAAAUAAAACCCCCUGGAUAAAAUGAAAGGGACACUGAAAAAAGCUUCUCUUCAAGGGUUUAGUCUCCCACUGUGUGGACAGAGCUACUAGGUGACACUAAAAGACCUGCUGGAGGUGUUAGUGGUUGGUAAACAGUCACUUCUUCAGUCUUGUGCCAACUCAUCUACAGAUAUCUACUUCCAUCUUGCCAUAUCCUAAUUUUUCUUUAGCAUGAUAAGAUUUCAGUUUCUUUUAUUGCUGCAGGGGCGUACACCACAAGCUCCAGCUGUAGGAGGCUUGAGGAGUAGAAGGGCAGGACAGAUGAAUGGUGUAGGUCUUUCACCAACAGGAGACUGGAUAUUUAGUGGAGAAUCGGGCUGCAAGAGGAGGGGUGGGUGGGUGGGUUGAGGGUUCCCUGUAUGUGUCUGUGCACUGUUUAUGGGUCACAUCGGGUACAUCUCUUUAAAAACCAAAAACAUCUUUUUCUUUAUCAUCAAGGUUUUUUUGCAAAAACUAGAAACUACAAAAAAAAAAAAAGGAAGUCUGUUUCAGCUGUGCACUCCGAGGCUGAGAUGCCUGUGCUGUUUCUCUGUGAGCUGUAUCCUGGGGGUUCAUUUUGGAUCUCCAACCUGAGGGUGGCGCCAGCAAAUGUAUAACAGGCUAUUACUGCACAUCUGGCUUUGAGGUCAGGGUCCAAGCAGGAGCCCCAGCGUAUCAGCAGAAAUGGAGACACACCUCAAGUUUGGUACCAAGUCUUAAAACUUUUCGGGAUUUGCCCUCUUCCAGAGUCGCUUCGGACUUGCAUCAUUCAACAAAACAAUCACUAUUGCCUGUGUUGUCUGUCUGUUUGUUCCUGGAAACCUACAUAUUCCUCGACACUGGACUUGAAUCAAGGAACUGGCGUGGAAGUGGGGGAGUCAAAAAGAGUGGGAGGAUGGGUGGCUGGGACAGAGGGUCGAGUCUCAGAUGUGCCCUGGAUUAUUUUUUAUUUUUUAUUUUUUUUGGCGCAACACCAGCACUGAGAGCCCCGGCCCCUCCCACCACACCCCUCACCUGCGCUCUUAUCUACCUGUCUAGUGUUGGAAAUCCGAUGCUCUCCCUUAUUCUGAAAGUCACACAGACUCUAAGGCAACUGGAGCGCAAGCAUAAUAUGCUUCUCAAUCAUCGAUCAGACACGGAUGUGGGGCAGGGGCCCCCGAAAAGAGUUGAAUUAGCAAAUCUCUCUUUAAAAAAAAACAAAGGCCUGGGUUGAAUAUGCACAUGCUAGUUCAUAUACAGUAUACACCCAAGAGUACAUAAUGGGUGUAUGUGUGUAUAUGGCUAGAUCUCUCUGUUUUCCACUUAGCCUAAGCCCCCCCUCCCUCUCCCUGCCCUGCCUUCAACCCUGUGUAUCCUCCUCAACAAUAUAUUUCCCAGAAGACAAGAUCAUAAACAUAUCAGAGUAAUACAAAAUAAUGAAAACAAAUACUUGAAUCAAAAGAAGCGCCAAUAAUGUAAUGUGAACACUUUUUGUAGUGGUUUUUUUGUCUCAUUCAUACACUUCAGAGAUUUUUUGAUAGCAUCGGUUCAGAGUGAAUUAAAUUUGUAAUGCGAGUGUUGUUGAAAACAAAGAUCGAUAUAAAGGCAAAUUUACAUCUGUUGUAUUUGAGUGUUUGCACAAGGCUGCUUGUACUGUAUGUUGUGUGAAUGACUGUUGACUAGCGUGUGAGAUGAAAAUAUGUAUGAGAGCUCGUGAUUACAGCGGAGGAAUUUCCGCCUUGUGAUUCUUUUCAAUUCAGUAUACUUUUGUUGUUGAUUUGUUUUUUUUUUGUUUUGUUUUGUUUUUUUCUUUUUGCUUGUCAAAAAUAUAUUCUGAUGUUAAUUGUUACUAGCCUCUAGCGUUGCACUGAGUGUCGGCCUCACCCCUCAUCCAGCUAAAUGAACAACAUGAUACAAGUACUGAGGGGAGACGGGGACAGUUCAUGUGUAAAUGUUUACUCAAGGACUAAAAUAAGUGUGUUUUUAAAAUGUAAUGUUUAUCUACCUUAGUGGCUUUCAUUGUGGAAUAAUCCAAGAAAGUAUGGAUCAUAAUUGAGUAUUGCACCAUUUUUCAGACUGUAAACCUAAAAAAAAAAAAAAAAAACUAAAAAAAAAACGAGAAAACUGAAGAAAAAAAAAAUCACAUAUGUAUAAAAAAAAUGCAGCAAAAAAAGUAUUUUGCAGACCUGUGGCCAUAGAUUGGGGGUAGAAGGACUUCAGCUCUCCCGAAUCUGAGCAACGGAGAGAGUGAAGGACAAGACAUCAGACUGAGCCUUGGUUACUAGGGCUCACUUCAGAGGUGCCUACCUUUUUGGUUUGUUAGCUUUCGUUCUGUUUUCACUUCUGUUCAAUUCACUCCAUGUUUGUCAUUCUUUUUUUUUUCCCUGCAAGGCCACUGACAGUUUACAAACACUUUGUUUUUUUCUGGAGUUCAGAAGAAAUAAAUCAGCAAGACAAAAUAAUUAAACCAUGGGAAUGUUGGACAAAGAAAAAAGGACAAAUGCUUCCAUUUAAAAAAAAAAAAAAAAAAGUGCAACACUUCACAGAAUGAAGAUUUAUUGUGCUACUUUCAGAACUCUGGGAUUGAACAGUGUUGUCUCGUUCUGUUUAACCUUCUUUGUUCUGUGUUAAUGUUGAUUUCAUGGACUAUCUAAAGCCUGUAUGUUUUAUGUUGAUUAUAUAUAUUUUUCCUUUAUAUAAAAAAGAAAAGAAAAAAAAGACAUAAUUGCUCACUAUCUUGCACACACACGAAAAAGUGGAUCUUGUCUCAGGAAGGCCAGGGUUCCAGAGUACCAACUCCACGCCAUUUUAAUGUACAUUUUUAUGAUGAGUAAAACAAAAAACACAAAAAAACACAAAAAAAAAGGAUGAUUUAAAAGAAACGAUUCUAAGCACUGAAAGUUAUGGAUUUCAGAAGAGAAAAUACCUUUUGUUUCUAAAUCCGUAGCAGUUACAUAAUAACCAAAUAAUGGACUUUAAAUGAAAAUGGAGUGCUUUAUAUAUAAAUCUAUAUAUUAAAAUUGCUUUACAUUUAAAAACAACAAAAAAAAAA